AUGCGGACACUGAACACCGCAUUCGACUCACGGAGGCUGCGGCGGACAAAUGCGAUUGGUGGCGAGGUGAACGCUGGCGAUUCCGCAAUAAUACACGGGCAAAGCAGGCUCGGGCUUCGCUACAGGACAACCGCGUGUUUAAAAUAUCCGUCUAUGUAGUUUUUUUUUCUCUCUCUCUCUCGAGAUCUUUUGUGUACGGCGCUAGUGAUAUGAAUAUUCCGUUGGACGUUUCUCGGGAGAGGGAGCGAAGCACGACCGGCGAAAUCUGAAGUGUUAGCUUAGCCGCUAACUGUUCGUUAGCACCGUGGUAGCGGUUAAUUCGGUCACACUAAGCAGACACCUGCUUGCUUUUGUUUGUUUGUUUUUUUUUCGUUUAUUUUAAAAAGUCAUUUACACUCAGCGCCGCGUUGAAAAGCCAUUUAGGAUUUUAUUUAUUUUAACUUAAAGCCCAAUAUUGAAGAAGGACCGCGUCAGGUCGAGGUCUGGACCAGGAGAGGCAAACGGGUGGCAGUUCACCAUGGACAACGCGCACACAAAGACGGUUGAAGAAGUUUACAGCUUUUUUAAUGUGAAUGAGAGCACCGGCUUGAGUUCGGAGCAAAUUAAGAAACAACGGGAACGCUACGGACCCAACGAGCUGCCAGCAGAGGAGGGCAAGUCCCUUUGGGCCCUGGUGGUUGAACAGUUUGAAGAUCUACUUGUGAGGAUCCUCUUACUGGCUGCCUGCAUAUCCUUUGUGCUGGCCUGGUUCGAAGAGGGAGAAGAAACUGUAACAGCUUUUGUGGAGCCUUUUGUGAUACUACUUAUUCUCAUAGCCAAUGCCGUUGUAGGAGUCUGGCAGGAGCGAAAUGCAGAAAAUGCAAUCGAAGCCCUGAAAGAAUAUGAGCCAGAGAUGGGAAAGGUGUACCGCCAGGAUAGGAAGAGUGUCCAGAGGAUCAAGGCCAGGGACAUUGUGCCUGGGGACAUUGUGGAGGUUGCAGUUGGUGAUAAAGUGCCUGCAGACAUUAGGCUGACCUCCAUCAAGUCAACUACGUUGAGAGUUGACCAGUCAAUUCUAACAGGAGAGUCUGUGUCGGUUAUCAAACACACUGACCCAGUUCCAGACCCCCGAGCAGUCAACCAGGACAAGAAGAACAUGCUCUUUUCUGGCACCAACAUUGCAGCUGGUAAGGCUGUCGGUGUGGUGGUGGCCACUGGUGGUAACACUGAGAUCGGUAAAAUCCGUGAUGAGAUGGCUGCAACGGAGCAAGAGCGCACCCCACUGCAGCAAAAGUUGGAUGAAUUUGGACAGCAGCUAUCUAAAGUUAUUUCUCUGAUCUGCAUCGCUGUGUGGAUCAUCAACAUUGGACAUUUCAAUGAUCCUGUCCAUGGAGGCUCUUGGAUCCGUGGGGCUGUCUAUUAUUUUAAGAUUGCUGUGGCUCUCGCAGUGGCGGCAAUCCCUGAAGGUUUGCCUGCUGUCAUCACGACUUGUCUGGCUUUAGGAACGCGACGCAUGGCCAAGAAGAAUGCCAUUGUCCGCAGUUUACCCUCUGUAGAGACCCUUGGCUGUACAUCUGUCAUCUGCUCUGACAAAACUGGCACGCUGACAACCAAUCAGAUGUCUGUAUGCAGGAUGUUUAUUAUUGACCAGGCUGAUAGUAGUCAUUGUUCCUUAAAAGAAUUCACUGUUACUGGCUCUACAUAUGCCCCAGAUGGAGAAGUAUUCCAGGAUGGCAAACAAGUGAAAUGUUCCAAAUAUGAUGCUCUGGUGGAGCUGGCCUCUAUCUGUGCGCUCUGUAAUGAUUCCUCAUUAGACUAUAAUGAGACCAAAGGGGUGUAUGAAAAGGUGGGUGAGGCCACUGAGACUGCUCUCACAUGCCUAGUGGAGAAAAUGAAUGUAUUCGACACGGAUUUGAAAGGCCUUUCCAAGAUUGAGAGAGCAAAUGCCUGUACCUCUGUAAUAAAGCAGCUGAUGAAGAAAGACUUCACAUUGGAAUUCUCCAGAGACAGGAAGUCCAUGUCUGUGUACUGCACUCCCAACAAAGCCCGUUCAUCUGCAGGCAAGAUGUUUGUCAAGGGUGCCCCUGAGGGAGUGAUCGACAGGUGCACGCACGUCCGUGUAGGCGUCACCAAGGUGCCCAUGACCCCCGCUAUCAAGGACAAACUGAUGUCUGUGAUCAGAGAAUACGGAACUGGCCGGGACACCUUGCGCUGUCUUGCUCUGGCUACCCGAGACAACCCCUUGAACAAGGAGGACCUGGUGCUAGAGGACUGCACCCGCUUCAUUGACUAUGAAACCGACCUGACCUUCGUGGGCUGUGUGGGCAUGCUGGAUCCUCCCCGGGCAGAGGUGGCAGCCUCCAUUAGACUUUGUCGUCUCGCAGGCAUCAGAGUAAUUAUGAUCACUGGCGACAACAAGGGUACGGCAGUUGCAAUUUGCAGACGCAUCGGUAUUUUUGGAGAGGACGACGACGUCGCCAGCAUGGCGUUCACGGGCAGAGAGUUUGACGAUCUCUCCCCUUCUGCGCAACGAGAAGCAGUGGUCAAAGCUCGCUGUUUUGCUCGGGUAGAGCCGUCCCACAAGUCCAAGAUUGUCGAGUAUCUGCAGUCCUAUGACGAGAUCACAGCUAUGACUGGAGACGGCGUAAAUGACGCCCCGGCUCUCAAGAAGGCAGAGAUCGGUAUCGCCAUGGGGUCUGGAACAGCGGUUGCCAAGACAGCCUCGGAGAUGGUGCUGGCCGACGACAACUUUGCCACCAUCGUGGCCGCAGUGGAGGAAGGCCGUGCCAUUUACAACAACAUGAAGCAGUUCAUCAGAUAUCUCAUCUCCUCUAAUGUGGGCGAAGUUGUUUGCAUCUUUCUGACCGCAGCCCUCGGCUUUCCCGAAGCGCUCAUUCCAGUUCAGCUGCUCUGGGUUAACCUGGUGACUGACGGUCUGCCUGCCACCGCUUUGGGCUUCAAUCCUCCAGACUUGGACAUCAUGAAUAAGCCACCCCGCAACGCUCGUGAGCCCCUCAUCUCUGGAUGGCUCUUCUUCCGAUACUUAGCCAUUGGAUGUUAUGUGGGUGCCGCCACAGUGGGUGCUGCGGCGUGGUGGUUUGUCGCUGCGGAAGAUGGACCGAGGAUCACAUUUUACCAGCUGAGCCACUUCCUGCAAUGUGGUCCAGAAAACCCUGACUUCCAGAAUAUGGACUGUAAGGUGUUUGAGUCUCCUUAUCCGAUGACCAUGGCCUUGUCAGUGCUGGUCACCAUCGAGAUGUGCAACGCUCUCAACAGCGUAUCUGAGAACCAGUCCCUGUUGCGCAUGCCACCCUGGGAGAAUGUGUGGCUGCUGGGGGCAAUCUGUCUUUCAAUGUCUCUCCACUUCCUCAUUCUCUACGUGGAGCCUCUUCCAAUAAUCUUCCAGAUCACCCCUCUGAAUCUGACCCAGUGGCUGGUGGUGCUCAAGAUCUCGCUGCCGGUCAUCUUACUGGACGAGGUGCUGAAAUUUGCGGCAAGGAACUACCUGGAGCCGGGUAAAGAGCUGGAGAAGCCCGCCAGCUCUGAAGGUUGCUGCCUGGCUGCAUGCAUGGAGGGCAUCUCCUGGCCCUUCGUGGCCCUCUCCCUCCCCCUGGUCCUCUGGAUCUACAGCACCGACACUAACAUGGCCGACAUGUUGUGGUCCUGACUGACUUGAUUGAGCACAACCUCGACUUUUCCAUCACAGCCAUCACUCCCCCGCCCCUCCUUUGCUUCCCCACCCUCAUCCCUCUUUGCCCACCUCCACAUGUGUAGCGUGUGUGUAGAGUUGGCGUGCGUGCUUUGAGCAACUUUAACACAUCAAGUGCAACAAUAUUCUAAAUUCGCUUUUGAGAAGUCACCUGUUUUAAGUUAGCCUAAGUCUUUAGCUGACCAUCACUCGUAUUGACGCUGACUAGAUUGUUGGGCAGUUGCUAUUUUUAAUUUUUUUUUUUUUAAAUCUCAAUUAUUGCCUUUUUAAGCGUGAACCCUCAGUUUUGUGUCAUCAAGCCAAUGUCACUACAGUAAAUAUUAUUUAGCAUACCUUCUCUUGUGGGGAGGGAGGGGAGUUAGGGACUCAAGAAAAAUGUGGCUCUGUACAGAAAUUGAACACUAUUUUAUGCAAUUUUUUUUUUUUUAUGGCUUUAAAAAAAUUUGUUGGACCAGCGUGGCUUAGAUGUACCGCCUUGAUUUUUCUUUUCAAAUGUUUACCAUUGUGUCUUGAGUGUAAACUUUUUUUUUUUUCUUUUUUUUCAGAGGACUAGUGACAUGUGGCAGACAGUAGGGAAAUGUUUGGGGGUGAAUUUUGGAACGAGGAUGAGAUGAUAGUGGGGAGCAAAAGAAUAUUCCAGGGGGGGGGGACUAAACUGCAUGUCCAGUGACCCCAAUUAUGAACUGUAUGUGGUUGCUCAUUUUCUUAUUUGUAUCCCCUUUCAACCAGAGACCAGAAAUUUAAUUUCUUGAAUUAUUUUCUUGACUCCUAUGUAUUGAAAUAAGUCAUUUAUUUCUGCAUUUUUUUUUUCUGCACUGGGAAGAUCACAGCUACCUCAAUGUGAUAAAAAUGUUCUUUCCCCCUGUUAAUCUUUGGAUGCUUCCCCCCACAGUCUCGCUCAUCUCUUACAUCUGAGGCGUGCCAACUGGGUUUGCGUGUGCAGAACGUGCAACAGUCUUUACUAAUCAUUUGACCAAGUUCGUUUGGAGUGGUUUUGUUUUUUUUA